UUUAAGUCUUUUUAUCAUGGAUGCCAGAAUAGAGAGAGAAACCAUAGUAGUUCAGCGUCAAGACUCGCUCUUUUGCAGUGAUCAAAUCCUCAUCUUCUUUCUCAAUCAUCAACCACCUUUCAAUUCCUCUCUCUUCUGCUCUCACUUGGGGUUGAAGAUGAGAAUUUGUGGAGCAGCAGCAAUCAGCAGCAGCUAUACCACCACAUCCAAUUCCCUUUCAGUGUUUGUUUCUUCUUCCCUCUCCAGUCCUUCGAAAACCAAGUUCCUUCCCUCACUUUCUAGGUUUUCUGUCAAGCGUUCUGGCUUAUUUUCCCAAACUCGUCCUGGCAUUGCUGUGAACAAGCCCUCCAUGAACCUAUUGAACAAACUUGGAUUUGGCAGCGCAAGGGCACCAGAGAACUUGGAUUCAUCCAUUCCUCAGGGUCCAGAUGAUGACAUACCAGCAGCAGGCCAGCAGUUUGCCCAGUUUGGUGCUGGCUGUUUUUGGGGUGUUGAGUUGGCCUUCCAAAGAGUGCCUGGGGUGACCAAGACAGAGGUUGGUUACACUCAGGGGCUUGUGCACAAUCCAACCUAUGAAGAUGUCUGUACGGGGACCACAAAUCACUCAGAGGUUGUAAGGGUUCAAUACGAUCCCAAAAAUUGUAGCUAUGAGUCUCUGCUUGAUUUGUUCUGGGCUAGGCAUGAUCCUACUACUCUGAAUAGACAGGGGAAUGAUGUGGGAACUCAGUACAGAUCUGGAAUAUACUACUACACGGAGGAGCAAGAGAAGGCUGCCAGGGAGUCCGUGGAACAACAGCAGAAGCAGCUGAACAGGAAGAUUGUUACCGAGAUUCUUCCUGCCAAGAAGUUCUACAGAGCAGAGGAGUACCACCAACAGUACCUUGAGAAAGGGGGUCGGUUUGGUUUUGGGCAAUCUGCUGCUAAAGGUUGCAAUGAUCCAAUUCGGUGCUAUGGUUAAUUGUAAAAGAGGGAAUCGCCACCAAAGAGCAACGACAACGGUUCUUCAGAUGCUGAAAUUCCAUAGUUUUUGUAACUUCUUUUAGCAAGUAACACAUAUUGUGCAUAUUGAAGGUUGAAGAUGGACAUGGCCAUAAAUUCUGUUGUAGAGCUGUAUAUGUCUAUUAUAUAUGAAAUAAUUUUGCUUUUGAAGUAUUGCAUUUUAGGGAUGUCCUAAUAUAACUUGAAGCUAUCCCUGUAUUGUAGUUAUACAUUGAUUUCUUUCUUGAAGCUAUAGAAAUUACUAAGGUAGUCUUUGUUCAA